AUGAACAAAAAAUUAGUUGACAAAGAAAUUAUUCAUUUACUUGAAAUACCUUCCGGGUCGGAAGAUGGGUUUGAGACUGAGAGUGACGUUGAAAAUGAAAAGGUUGAUUUAUGGAAUGAGUAUGGGGAUUUAUUAGACGAAACAAAUAUUGAGAAAUUUGAAAAACUUUUAUCUGAACAAUUUAAUGUUGAUACAAUUCUAGAUGAUAAAGUUGAACUUCCAAUUUUCGAGCAUGUGUACGACGAGCCUCAAACUUCUAUUGAAACUAAUACCACUGAUUUAUUUUUGCCCUCCACAUCUUCUGUUCAACAAACAACACGUAAAGUACCAAAACUUUCCAAAAACAAAUGUUAUCGAUCCAAACGUAAUAAUCCUGUACCACCUAUUAUUCAAAAUCAUAUUCCGAUUGAAAUAAAAGAAAUUACAUGGUCAAAAGAUAAUUUUCCACCUGUAGAUACUACUUUUAUCGGAAAAUCGACUUUACCAGAAGAUAUUAUGGAAUUAGAGACACCUUAUCAAAUUUUUAAAUAUCUUUUUACCGUAGACUUGAUGCAACAUAUUUGUGAUGAAACUUAUAAAUAUGGUCUACAGAACAGUUUAUCUAAUCCAUUAAAAAUGUCUACAAAUGAUUUACAAAAAUAUAUUGGGGUACUUGUCCUAAUGAGUAUAGUAAAUAUUUCAAAUGUUAGAAAAUAUUGGUCACCAUACUUAGGCAAUGAUGUUAUCAAAGACACAAUGAACCUGAAUACUUUUGAAAAAAUUAGAAAAGAACAUUUAGCUGUUGACGAGCAAAUGUGUAGCACCAAAGCUAGAAGCUCGGUAAAAGUUUAUAUGCCUAACAAGCCACAUAAGUGGGGCUAUAAAUUGUUCGUUCUUAGUGGUGCCUCCGGUUUCGCUUAUAAUUUUGAACUUUUUACGGGCCAAGAAAACAAUUCGGAGCUACGAAAUAAAAAUGAACCAGAUUUAGGUUCCAGCGCUAAUGUAGUAGUUCGUCUAGGAAGAGUUAUACCAAAACAUCAAAAUUAUAAAUUAUUUUUUGAUAACUAUUACACAACCUUACCACUAUUAGUUUAUUUGAAAAUAGAAAAUAUACUCUCCCUAGGUACUGUUCGAAGAAAUAGGCUUAAGAAUGUAGUGUUGCUUGAUGAUUCAACUAUGCUAAAAAAACCCAGAGGAACAUAUGAUCAUUGUGUCACUAAUAUUAGAAAUACAGAUAUAGUCGCGAUUACAUGGAAUGACACGAAAAAUGUAAAUUUAUUGUCAACUUUUGCUGCUAUUGAGCCUGUUACGAAAGUUAGUAGAUAUUAUAGGAAAAUGAAUAAAAGAGUUGAAGUGGAUUGUCCCCAUAUUAUAAAAGUAUACAAUACUCACAUGGGAGGUGUCGACUUACUGGAUGGAUUACUUGGAAGGCACAAAAUUAAAAUGCGAAGUUGCAAGUGGUAUAUGCGAUUAUUUUAUCACUUACUAGACGUCACAAUCGUAAAUUCUUGGCUGUUACACAAACGAAUCCAAAAUCAAAAAUUAGACAACAAUAAUGUUUUACCAUUAAUGGAAUUUAGAGAACAACUUGCCAUAACUUUGUGUAAACUUGGUGAAAAUAAUACGCCAAAACGAGGACGCCCAUCAACUGAUAUUGAAAUAGGUAUAAUAAAAAAAGGAAAAUUAGGUUGUUACGGAUCUUCCUGGAGGUCCGUGCACAAAUAA